AUGUGGCGUAAUUCUAUUAAGCUUGAUAUUUUGACUGUCUCUAACCAGUUUAUUCAUGGUCAUUGUUUGGAUUUGCUGAAUUGCCAUUCUUUCUUUAUUACGUUUGUUUAUGCCAGCCCGAAUCCGUUGAAGCGACAUCAAGUUUGGGAGCAGUUGAAGGCUUUAGAGCCGGAUCUGAAUCAGCCGUGGGUUUUAGGCGGUGAUUUCAAUGCCAUUUGCAACAUCUCUGAGCGCUUUGGUGGUUGUAAUAAUUGUAUUGGGAUUUGCUCGAGAUUCUGUGAUUUUCUGUUCCAGUCUGGUCUCUUAGAUAUGGGGUUUAAAGGCCCCCAAGCGUUCCGUCGUCAAAAACUGGGUUCGGAUCAUAGACUUAUCCUGCUUGUCUCGGAUCCUUCAAAGCGUAAUAAAGUGGACCACCCCUUCCAUUAUAUCGAUGCUUGGAAUGACCAUCCGAGUUUUCAUGCUUUAAUUGCUGAUCCGUGGCGUAAGGAGAGUAUGGGUGUUAACAUCAACAAUAUCCAACGUAAUUGCUUGAGGUGGAAUAAUGACACCUUCGGCCUUAUUGGUCACCGCAAGUCCCGGUUGUUUGCUCGUAUUAAAGGUAUUGAGAAGGCUUUAGAGGAUAAGAUUUCAUCUUUCCUUGAAGAUCUUGAGAUCGAGCUGAAAAAUGAUCUUAAUCUUGUGCUUGACCAAGAAGAGAGUUUUUGGCAUCAGAAAUCGAGGAGCCAUUAG